GUUAGAGGCAAGGGCAAGAGAAGAAUGGAGAAAAUAAUUUACAUUUGAGAAGAAUGAAUUAAUUUGGUAAAUAAUAAUAAAAGAAAAUUAAUUCUGUAAAUAAAAUCAUUUUUAUCUAAGUACUCUUUAAUCUCGACUUAAUUUUUGUAAUUUAAAAUUAAGCUGUAUAAUAGAACAAGACUGAAUAUAUUUCAUAACUUAAUAUUUGACUUGUCUGAUUCCUAAAAUAAAUAAGGUAUUUAGAAUGCAAAUUGAAUUAAAAAACUAUUACAAUGUCAGAUAGCAUAGUUGUAACUGGUUUUGGCCCCUUUUUCGGCCACACAAUAAAUGCCAGUUGGGAAGCUGUACGAUUAUUACCUGAUGAAAUUAAUGGGAUUACUAUAAUAAAAAAAGAAAUACCAGUUCAAUAUUCCCAUAUUCAAACAAAAAUACCUCAGUUAUGGGAAGAACACAAACCACUGUUAGUCAUUCAUGUUGGAGUAUCAGGGGAAGCAAAACAAAUCACUUUAGAAAAAUGUGCAAAAAGAGAUGGUUAUAAAAGGCUUGAUGUUACUGGUGCAACUCAUUCUACAGGUACAGCCUGUGACUCUGGAGAGGAAUGUAUUUAUACUGGAAUCAAUGUAGCAGAUGUGUGUGCUAAACUGAAUAAUACUGGAAAAUUAAAUGCUUGUAUGUCUAGCAAUGCAGGGAGAUACCUUUGUGAAUUCAUUUACUACACUUCACUGAAUAUAGAUCCGUCAAAAGUACUGUUUAUUCAUGUACCACCUCUUGAUAAUCCUUACACUGCCAAAGAACUUUCAGAAGGAUUAUUAGAUAUUAUAGAGCAUGCUCUGGAACAACUUUAUUCUCAAAAGGAGAAAAACCUAAGUACAAAUAUUAUCUAGUUUAUUACCUUUAAGGGGAGAAAGUAGAAAAUAAUACUUUCACUUAUUUAUAUAUUGUAAUAUUUUUCUUAGAUCCAGAAAGUAUUCGAAAGCCAUAUAUCCAUGAUCAGGAAAGAAAAUUGUUUUAUUUAAUUCUACUUAUGUUUUAUUGGUUCAUUAUGAACAUGUGUAAACAUAUUACUAGAUAGUUUUGGUCUCAUCUUCUUCUCUUUGUGUGACUUUCAUAAAUCAUCCAUUGUUUAGACCUUCAGUCAAUUUCAUAUCUUGUAUAAUAUUGUAAAACAUAAAGAUAACUUAUUAAUGAAAUAAAAUCGGAAUGGCCACUUUUUGGAUAAUCAGGAGUGAUAUUAGUGGACUGCUGAAAACAGUCCUUUGAUAUUUGGCAGUAAUGAUUUAAUGUUAAAACAGGUCAAUUUGUCAUCCAAAUAAGACAUCUUUCAUUUGUAUAGCUAUUCCUUUCUCUUCCCCAACCUCUUAAUUUUAAAUAUGGAAUGUACCAUGCGUGGCACAUCACUUAAAAUAUAGUGCCUGGCCUUAAUUGAAGAUUUAACGGCAGCAAAUAGUGGCGACUUUAUUAGCUUUCGCCGAUAUUCGUAUCAGUUUUAUAAUAUUCAAUAUCAUCAUCAUCAUCUUCUAAAUCUCUGAAAAUGGCCAUUUCUAAUGCAUCUUUCAUAUUAUUAAUAACAGCAAAGCUGAAUUAUAAUUGAAAGUUUUUAAAAUGAGGUUAGGAAUAUGUCAGAGCUUCAGGUUUGCAAUAAGUGUUAUUUUAGCAUGGAAUUUAUUUGCCUCUAAUUACGUCAGCACUAUUAUAGAAAUUUGCAAUAUCUAUAUUAUGACUGUUCAUUGCGUUAUUUUUGAUUUUAAUUACCUCUAGUGGGAUAAAAACUGUUACGUAUUAUUAUAAAGUGUGACACUUCAAUUAAAAGAUAAUUGUUUAAUGCUCAAUAUACCAAAAACAUAAUUAAAUGAAACAUGAACCUAAAUAAUUGAAUAUCUUUGCUAUUAAAGUUAAUAUAUCAAUUUAACUUUAAUCGCAAUCAACCAAAAUAACAAAUUUAUGCUUCGCAUUAAAUUACUAAUCAAAUUAGCUUUCAAAUGAAAUGUCACACUUUACAAUACGUAAUAGUUUCUUAGCCCACUAGAGGGCGCUAAAAUCAAAAGUAACGCAAUGAACAGUCAUUACUGAAUUCACUAUAAAAUUGUCUUUCCAAUGAUGUGCCAUUCCCUAUUUAAAAUUAAGGAGUGGACUGUUUUCAUUAGCACACUAUGUACAUAAAAACAUAUUAGUAAAACAUUGAAAAUUACAUUUAAAAAUUGAAAAUUAAAUUUAAAAAAUUGCGUUGUUGUUUCGCACAUCAAAGUCUUGAUUUUUGUGAUGUAAUGCAAUUUUGCACAUAAAACAUAAAUAAUAUGAACAUUUUAAUUGAUUUUCGAUGAAAAGUCAGUUAACAUUUUGUAAAUUAGUGGCUACUCUAAACUGAAUUAACCAAAACUGUAACAAUAUUUCAUGAUAAUUGAAAAAAAAUUAUUUUUACACGUUUCAACCUAAAUAUGUUCAAAUAAAUGAGCUUUUUUAUGAUUGCACAAAACUUAUUUUUUAACAUCAAAUUCUUUAUUAUAUGUUGGCUACAAUAUAACAAGAAUAUUAAGAAAAUGUGUGUGAUACUUUCAAGAAUAUACCUACUUGAAUAGAAAUUUAAUUUUAAUUAUUAUAGAUUGUUUAUGCUAUUUGUAUGACGAUAAAAAUUUUAAACUAUUAUUUUUUUGUAGUAUGUAGUUGUUUAAACAUAAGAGUACAUUAACCGUCUUUUAUUACUACGUAGAAUUUGUAUAGCAUCAAACUUGCUGAUUGUUGUGUAAUGGCUACAAUAAGAAAAUUAAAGGCAAUAUAUGUGAUAUUUUCAAGAAUUUACUUUAAUAAAACUUUAUUUUAUGAUUUAUACAACAUACAACAAGAAAAUAUGCGAUACUAUUAAGAAUGUUAUUUCCAUAAAAUUAUUAUUUGGAUUGAACAAAAUAUUUUUCAUUGAAAUAAAUUAGAAACAUUUCUUUUUUUGUACUAAAUGUUUCAAUACAGUGUUCCUACAAUAAGAUUGUUUAUCUGCGGCUAUUAAAUAAAAGAACUUACUUUUUAGUUAAUUAUGGUAUAUAUUAUUAAACCCAUUCAAUUUUUCCUGUCAUAUGCCGUUCCAUACAGCAUAAUACCAGAAACAAAACGUGGUCCAUUUAAAUUACAUAUAUGACUUUCUCUUUUACAUUGAUCUUUACCCUAGAGGUCGCUGAUGUUGCUGGUUUUUUGACGUCGACACAGUUUAUAGCUUAAAAGAAUCAGUUCGCUCACUCGGACCAAUUGGAUGUUCCAAAAUAACAUCCACUCCAGGGAUACAAAUUCAGGAUGCGCAGAAGACUGCUGUUUGAAUAUAGGCAGUUGUCAUAUAUUGUACAUAUUAGGCAUUCCAAACAAAUGAACUGUCAGUGGGAAGAUUUGAUAGAUCCAAGGGUUGCGACAUACAAUGUUUUCUGUUUACAAUACGUAAAAUCGUGAAUAAUGGAUUACAUUUAAAUAUUUUAUGUCAAACACAAUAAAAAUAAGAUACAUUUUUUCAUAAAUUGGCAGGCUUUGUGACUAUUAUUUCGAAAAAAAAAAAACGUUCAAGAUGCAAGACUAUGUCUCUACCCCCUUAGACAUACCAGACCUUCUCACUGUCAGCUAUUGUUAAUAGUAAGAGAGCCCACUGCAAAUUACGACCGCCAUCUGAUAACAAAAUGAAAUAUGCUCCAAAGACAUGUAACAACAUUGUACUUUACCAAAUUGCUCCUGUGCCAAUCUGUAAUCUAGAGCAAAGUGGUUAAAAAAAUUAUUUUAUAUACAAAAAAUUACAUGAGACAUGACAGCGAUAAUUGUGUUUUCUCUGAAAAUGACAAUCCUAAUUCAUUGUGAAUCUAGCUUUUAAACCUGAAUUAUUAAUAUUUUUAAUUUACUUUGGCAGAGAUAGUCAAUAAUAAUUAUAAACUCUUGUUAGAAAAUUUCUUUUAAACUAUAAUCAUAGUAGUUUUUUUGUCGUUUCUAUGACAACCUGUAAAAAUGAAUCACAACAAAAGGCAUAGGUACAAAUAAAUUCUUAAAUCAGCAAAAAUUGAUUCAUAUUUUUAAUGAUUUUUACCUACUAAUCGUGUGUAGAUGUUUUUGCUCGAUGUUAAGAGGAAGAAAAUGUUUCCCGUUAACGAUAUAUAUCAAGAUAUAUUUGAAUAUGUUAUUAUCUGGAAAACUUUAAGGGCAAACAAAAUUAGCGCUGUCAUGCCUUAUGUGAUUUUUUUAAUAUAAAAUUUUUUUUUAAACACUUUGCUCAGGAUUGGGAUUGUCACAGGUGCCAUUCGGUAAAGUACAAUGUUUUUACAAGCUUUUGGGGUAUAUUUUAUUUCAUUAUCAGAUGGCAGUAAAAGUUUACAGUGGGCUCUUGGGCUAUUAUGAUUUGAUUCCGUAUGCGCCAGGGAUACAAAUCCGAGUUGCGCAAUGUAAAACUGGAACAUUGAGAUCAAAAGUGCCGACGCAGAGUGAGCGAACUGAUUCUUUUAAGCUAUAAACUGUGACGUCGACGUGUGACGUAUAGAUUAGAACUGACUACUGACAAUGUUAUGAAUUUUGUUAUGAACGUGUGUAUUUUAUUAAAAUUAAUUUAAUUUGAGCCCCGUUUAUUUCUUUGAGUCUGAUUUUGUUGUUUAAUUAGUUUUUUUGGGGGGGGAGUGUUUAUGUUUUCAUAUUAUUUUUUGCAUGAAGCAGUUUCUGGAACCAAACUCGCGUUUUUGUACACGUUUCUUUCUAGAGGUAAGUAAUUUCCAAUUUAUUAAGAAAAGUACUGUAUAAUGUGUGUGUUUAAUAAUAUAUUACAAAACUGCUAUAAUUAUUUUAGGUGAAUUGGAACAGAGAUCCAUUGUUAUAGCUACUUUUGUUCAUUAAGUAGGUAGAUGAAUGUCUCGACAGCUUUAAUAGCAGCACAAAGUUCCCUAGAAAAGAAGUAAAAUUUAUGCUGAGUAAAAAAUCUGCAUAUGUAGUAUUGGCAAAGGACUUUUGAAAUGAUUAGAGAUUGGCAAUUUCUUACAUACACCUACCUCUAAUAUCCACUCUAGUGGCUAUUAGAAGAUUGUAGUCAUUUAAGAGGAGUAUUUACUGGGCUGUAAAGCGGAG